AUGGAGGAAAACGAGGUGGUGUCCAAAAAUGGGACUGGUGAUGACCGCCAAAGCGACAACGACAUUGGGCCUGCUCAAGAGUCGGAGUGCAACUUUUUCAUACACUUCUUGGAUAAUUCUGGAGACUACAUCACGAUGCUUCCAUGGCACGAAAUUCUGGACCUCGAGACUGAGCGGGCGAAGAUGUCCCGUCAAAUCGGGCCCCCUGUGCAGAUGAUCACAAAGGUUGCAACGAGCCUUUCAGCUGAGUGGCGAAAGAACUUAGGGCCGAGCCAGCUUGCAGAGCUUGCUAAAGGCUUUCUCACGAACCCUAACUACAUAAUGGAAGUUGACUAUAGGGUAGUCGGUAUAAGAUCCAGCUACAUCAAGCAGGCCUUGCGACAGAUCGUGACAUACUGGCCUCAUCUCAAUAUGGUGGGCGAUGUUUUGGAGAUCGAAGAGCCCUACUGUCUGUUUUAUCAUCACUUAGACGCCAUAAAAGCCUACCAGAAGACGUUCAAGGGAGCAAAAGACUACGACGAAAGCAGGAGAGGUGUGGACUUGAAGACGCAAAGACCAGGAUUCAAGCCGUGCGAUGAAGUAUCGUAUCAUCAUCUGACAGUGUUGAGGAAAACGAUCGAGUCUCAAAACUUGACUGCCGUCCUCGAGGAGAAGAACCGCCACAAGCAGUCCCCAGCCUUGGUAACCUUUGGCAUGCUCUGGCUGCUUUUGAAGCCCGGUACGACUGUAUACACUAAGAUUCACGGAAAAUUGGCCGCGUGCGUCAUCAAGGUUUUCCAGUUCUACCCAGACUUUAGCCUCCGCAAAGAACCAAGAGCUUACAAGGUUCAAUUGUGGCACUUACAAUACGACGGGAAGGUCUUGGGUCGACACGAACUCACUCGUUUCAUCAGCGCCUUCGAGGGAGAGAAGAAGUUGAUUGAUCUGGAAAUCAUCCCCGCCGAGUAUUACGAUGGUCAUGACGGUGGUAUUCUGCGCAAAAGCCUCGAGGCUCGUGGGCAGAAGUACUUUAAGUUUAUCUCGGGCCCUCGACAGGUUGAUUAUCGGGGCGAGUCCCUCGGAGAUGUGGCUCAUUGGGUAAGCAUCACUCACGUCAUUCGCCGCCCCCUCGUUGGCGCAGUACUUGACGAUACCGAUGGUCCUGUUUAUGCUGAACAGAAAUUCAGAGAUGCAGGGCCACCGGCUCCUCCACCUAAUCCUUUCCAAGCUGUAGCAGACGCUAGAAGCAGCGUCCAAGCCUUCCCGUUGAAUUCCACUUCUGAAGGUCCAUGGGCAGCAUAUGACAAUAUCGAUCCAAGGAACACUGAAUCUUUGGACUUGAUUGACGCAGUUACGGGUGAGGUUAGCCGGCAUCGCUACCUGCUUUGUCCUGCCGAUGUCAUCGGAUUUGUUCUAAAGCCAAGACGAUGGGAUAUCCUGGAUGUGGAGUGCUGUUUAAACAUCGAGUUCAAUACCAAGGCCAUCGACAGUCUCGUCAUGCCUGAUGAGAGAAAGAUGAUUAUCAAAUCUCUUGUGCACCGCUUCUCAGACGUUGAUGCAAUUAAUGGAAAGAUCCCUGCCCCAUGGACUGCUGAUGUGGUUCAAAAAAAAGGGGAAGGACAAAUAUUCUUACUCCAUGGGAGUCCUGGAGUUGGUAAAACUCUCACUGCUGGCAAGUUGAACUGUUUGGAAGCGUCUUCUUCUGUGUCAAGUACUGACGAGCUGGUCUCAGAAUGUAUCGCAGAGUCAGCUGGACGCCCAUUACUGUCUCUGACCUGUGGGGACAUUGGCACUGUCGAGCGUAUUGCUGAAGAAAAAUUAUCAAAGUGGUUUCGACUUGCUGAACUAUGGGAUGCAGUCAUGCUCAUCGAUGAGGCAGACGUCUACCUUGAGAAGAGAGCAACAUCCGACCUCUCAAGAAACAGUCUUGUCUCCAUCUUUGUUAGAACCAUGGAGUGCUACCGAGGCAUUUUGUUCCUGACAACAAAUAGAGUCGGUCACUUCGAUGACGCUUUCGUUUCGCGCGUGCACGUGGUUAUGCGAUAUGACAAUCUUUCUGAGAAGGACCGUGCAAAGAUUUGGUUACAGUUCUUCAACAAACUCCAGACAGAGCGCGGAAGGUACAUAACAAUCUCCAGAAGAGCCAAAAGAUACGUGUUGGAGGACGGCGAAGUCACCAAGAUUCCAUGGAAUGGAAGGGAAAUCAGGAAUGCCUUCCAAACAGCGGUAGCUUUUGCUGAAUAUCGGUUCGCGCAUACAACGGCUGACCAGAGAGACGAAAAGGCUUGUUUGGAAGAAGAAGACUUUGCCAAAGUUUGUGAGAUGACGGGGGCAUUCAAGAACUAUCUGCAUUCAAUUUCUGGAAGAGACGAGUCAACGUGCGAGAGGUCUGACUAA